AUGACUUCGAAUGAACUCCUUAUUAACGUCAAAGAUCAUGGUGGUAUAGUAGAUCUGCAGAAGAAUAGAGUCAAAUGUAAUUAUUGUGACAAAGUUGUCAGUGGCUUCAGUCGCCUCAAAUACCACUUGGGAGGCAUUCGGGGGGAUGUGAUCCCUUGCUUAGAAGUUCCAACUGAUGUGAAGGAAAUGUUCAAUAACGAGGUUUCUCUAAAGAAACAGGUAAACUUAAGCAAGGAAAUUGGAGAAUUGUACCACUCGAGCUUUCCAUUGAAGAGAAAUAAGAGCCCUCGGACAGAAUCAAUAAAGCGCAAUAUGAUAGAUCUCAUCGAGACUGGGAGUUCUGGGACUAAACGGCAUCGUAAAAGGGACAACCAAUCAGAUAACAGUGUGACAGAAACCAUCCCUUCUCCUGAGAGAGUGGUUUUAGAGAUGCCUGCCAAUAGCACUAGAGAUCCGUCAUUGGACAAGGCUAAAAAAAGUAUAGGUAGAUAUUUCUAUGAGACGGCAACUGAUUUUAAUGUUGUCAAAUCAUGUAGCUUUCGCACAAUGAUUGAUUCCACCCUUGGUCAUGGGAAGAUAAUUCCCAGCUGUGAGGAGUUAAAAGGGUGGAUCCUUGAGGAUGCUGUAAAAGAGAUGCAAAAUUUUGUGAAGGAUAUAAGAACUUCAUGGACAAGUACAGGUUGCAGCAUUGUACUGGAUGGUUGGGUAGAUGAGAAAGGUCGAGACCUUGUGAAUAUUUUAGUGAAUUGCCCCAAGGGUGCAGUUUAUCUUAGAUCAUCUGAUAUUUCAGCUUUUGUUGGGGAUGUUGAUGCGAUGUUAUUGUUCCUCGAGAAGGUUCUGGCAGAAGUUGGGGUCGAGAAUGUGGUUCAAGUCAUUACAUAUUCGACAUCAUCCUUCAUGAAAGAAGUGGGCGAGCGGCUGACAAACAAGCACAGACAUGUUUUCUGGACAGUGAGUGCUUCUACCUGCUUAGAACUAAUGUUAGAGAAAUUUGAAAGUAUGAUUUUCGUUGGAGAUAUAUUGGAGAAGGCCAGAAAGAUAACAAGCUUCGUUCAGAACCACCCAAGUGCCCUGAAACUUCUGAGAGCUUAUACUCGGGUAGAUAACCUUGAAAAGCCUUCCAAAAUUAGGUCGACAGAGCCCUACUUGACCCUUGAGAAUAUUGUUUUGGAGAAGAAGGGUUUGGAAAACAUGUUCUCUUCAUUUGAGUGGAGAACCUCAGAUCUGUCAGAUUCCAUCGAUGGAAAAAAUGUCGUUUACUUGGUGGCAGAUCCUACUUUUUGGAAUGGGGCAUUAGUGGUUUUGACAGUGGCUAUUCCUAUAGUACGGGUGUUAUGCUUGAUAAACAAGAACAAUAAGCCUCAAAUUGGUCUUAUAUACAAAACAAUGGAUCAAGCCAUGAAAACAAUCAAAGAGGGGUUCAAAAACAAGGAAAGCCAGUAUAUGCCGUUCUGGAAAGAAAUAAAUGAGAUUUGGAACACGCAUCUCCACAGCCCACUUCACUGUGCCGGUUACAAUUUAAAUCCUAAUCUUUUUUAUACAGACGGUUUCAAAAAUGAUUUAAAAGUUUGCCGUGGACUUUUUCUUUCUGUUAUCAAGAUGGGUGGAGAUAGCCACGUUCAAGAGCUAAUAAUGACCCAGUUUCAAGAUUAUUUAAUGGCAGCGGAUGCUUUCAGUGUGGGAUCCAAAUGCCUAUCAGAUGUUUCACCAGCACUCUGGUGGACAAAUUUUGGAGAAAAAUAUCCUGAAUUGCAACGAAUGGCAACUCACAUUCUUAGCCAGAGUUGCGAUGGUGCCUCGAAAUUCAAGUUGAAAAGGAGUUUGGUCGAGUUGUUACUCACAAAGGGACAGAAUUGUAUAGAGCAGCAGACAUUGAGGGAUCUGACAUUCGUCCAUUAUAAUUUGCAGCUACAGAAUUUUGAGACGAGUGAGAGCAUAUACUUCUCUGCCAGUGAGAUCGAACCAAUUAAGGAUUGGAUGGUCGACGAACCACAAAGUGGUGACAGAGUCCUUUUCACAGACAAGAACUUCGUGGAAGAUUUUGGCUUCUUUGUAGGGUUGGAGGGUGGUUUUGUUCAGACGAUCCAAAAGACUCCGUUCCAAUCCCUGAAGAAGAGCUACAGCUUAAUGGGAGGCGUUUACAGAGUCAUGAUAGUACCCAAGGAGGAGCUGGAGCUUCAAUCUCACUCUCACGCGCUUUCACUUUCGCAUAUUAACAGGGAAUUUCAUCUCGAGCUUCCAUUUCGUGUACCCAAUAUUGGAGAAGCCUUUCAGGAUAUUCUGAGAAGUAGAGAAGCUGGUGAGUUCCUUAGUGGUGCUUUAGCAGGGGCCAUGACCAAAGCCAUUCUCGCUCCUCUUGAGACCAUCAGGACGAGAAUGGUGGUUGGUGUUGGGUCUAGAAACAUUUAUGGUAGUUUCAUUCAGAUUGUUGAACAGCAUGGUUGGAAAGGCCUGUGGGCUGGAAACGCAAUCAAUAUGCUGCGCAUAGUUCCCUCCCAGGCAAUUGAGCUUGGAACAUUUGAGUGCGUCAAACGUACAAUGAUAUCAUUACAAGAGAAUUGGAGUCAGACUGAAUGCCCACAGUUGCAAAUUGGUCAUGUCAGUUUGAAAUUUUCUCUCUCAUGGCUUUCUCCGGUUGCCAUGGCUGGUGCAGCUGCUGGGAUUGUUAGCACGCUUGUAUGCCACCCUCUUGAAGUUUUAAAGGACAGAUUGACUGUAAGACCUGAAUGUUAUCCGAGUCUAAGUAUUGCAGUACACAAGAUUUACGAGGAUGGUGGUAUUGGUGCUUUCUACUCUGGUAUUUCACCCACAUUGAUCGGCAUGCUCCCAUAUAGCACUUGUUACUACUUCAUGUAUGAGACAAUGAAGAACUCAUACUGUCUGGCAAAGAAGAAGAAAUCUUUAACUCGUGCUGAGAUGCUCUUAUUAGGAGCUCUCUCUGGCUUGACGGCAAGCACGAUAAGUUAUCCUUUGGAGGUUGCAAGAAAACGGCUUAUGGUAGGAGCUUUGCAAGGUAACUGUCCACCGCACAUGGCAGCUGCACUUUCGGAAGUUGUUAAGAAUGAAGGUAUCAAGGGCCUUUACAGAGGAUGGGCUGCAAGUUGCUUGAAAGUCAUGCCUAACUCUGGUAUCACAUGGAUGUUCUACGAAGCCUGGAAAGAUAUAUUGCUUGCAGAGAGACGUCCGUUAUGA